AUGGCUCAUAAUUCAAUCUACCUCUACAUUCUUCACUGACCGCCAAAGUUUAGAUCAGAUCCAUACGUGAAGUAGAAAACUGUUUACAAGACGUAGAAGAAAUUUUCAGAGAGGAAGAUGAUGAAUGCUGUGGCGUUGUUCCUCGUUGCGACUUCACUAGUCAGCGCGGGAAUCUGGUCACCCAGUCCAGAUCAACAGAACCAGAAGAAGCAAGGAGAGGAAGUCAUAGUGAAAGACGGGCACAGAGUGGUUGUUGUCGAGUAUGAGGAUCAACCAGGCCACAACCCUAACACCAAGGUCUCAAUCUCGCCGGACCAUGACGGACAUCGUAAAGGGAGCUCAGCUAUUGCCAACAAUGACGUUUCGACGCCCUCCAAGGUGGCGAGGGCCUUGGACAAUGCCAUGGAGAACAUCGAAGAAGCCGCCGCCUCGGUUCUUCCAAAUCGAGGCCAGGGACAUGGCCAAGGCCUUUCGAAAUCGAAAACUGAUGAAGUUGGUCACCAUUACAGUGGCCCAAAAGAGCUCAUAUGCGAUGCCUAUGGGAAAUGCAAGCACAAAAUUGCUAGUGCUUUGGAGACCAAGAGAGAUAUUGUGAAGGGGGCUGCACAUGAAGCCAAAGAGGCAGCACACAAGGUCAUAGACAUCAACAAGGAUAUUGUCAAGGGUACUGCACAUGAAGUCAAGGAGACGGCUCAGAAGGUAGGAGAGGCGGUGGAAGAUGCAUACGACGUUGUUUCUGAGAAAGCUCAGGAGGUUGGAGAGCGUGCUAAGGAGACUGCAUACAAGGCCAAGGAUACAGUUGGAGAUGCAUAUGGAAGAGCCAAGGAUACAGUAGAGGAUGCCUAUGAGAGAGCAAAAGAGACGGUUUCGGAAACAACACAUGAGGUUGGAGAACGAGCCAAAGAGUCGGUGGAAAAAGCAAUGAACACAGCAAAGACAGCAAAGGAUAUGGGGAAAACCUUAAGUGGAGAUGUACAAAGAAAUGCGUCCAAAUUGAAAACAGCUCCGGAACAUGUCAAGGAGAAAGCAAAAGAGGCCAAAGAAACUGUGGAGGAAGCAGCUGAAAAAGCUAAGGAGACUGUGGAGCACGCUGCUGGUAAGGUAAAGACUGGGGUAGAGGAUAUAAAGGAUACGACUGAUGAUGGGAGGUUGAGUCGAGUGUUUAAGAAAGGAGGAUAUAUGUUAAGGUCUACGGGGGCAUUGUUUCAGGCAGUUGAUCCUUUGUUUUUGGGGCUGAGUUUGUUUGGGUUUGCCACUGCUUAUGGUAUGUCUAUGUGGAUAACUUUUGCUUCAAGCUACGUGUUGUCUCGGGUGCUUUCCCCGUACCAGUUUGGGAUGGUGCAGAGCAAGAUUUACAAGGUUUAUUUUGCAGCAAUGGCCAAUACUGUUGGGAUGGCCUUGUUGGGACAUUUAUUGAAUCCUCGGAGGAAGUUGACAGGGAGGAAUGUUGACGCCUUACAGAACUACAAUCUUAUGCUUGUCGAGUUGAUGGUUCUGUUCAAUAUGUUUUACUUGGAGCCAAAAUCAACCAAGGUGAUGUUCGAGAAACUGAAGUUGGAGAAAGAAGAAGGAAGAGGAAGAGAGCAUGUUGGUACCAGAACAAGAGGCGAGGCUGAGCGGCAGCCACUCACUGCCGAACCCCCAACCACAACUCCCUCAGAAGUCCCCGAAGGAAGGGAGCGUGUGAUGGUUCAGCCUCAGGUUGACAAACUUAACGAGGCGCAUCAGAAGCUGAAGAAGCUGAAUUCCUACUCAUCUAUCCUAAACGUCUUGUCACUAAUGGCUCUUACUUGGCAUCUUGUCUACCUUGCUAAGCAAUUGCAAAGUUCGUGCUGCUGACUGAUAGGGAUUUAGCUGUUUUUGGAUGUUGAUUAACGAUGAUGGUGUUUGUUUUUACUCAUUUUCGUUGUGAUGUUUUGUAAAUUUUGUACUUCCUGUAGGUGGAUUUUGAUAAAUUGUAAAGUAGUAUCAAGGCUGAUAUGCAUCACUCUCUGCUUUGUGUUUUUUGACCAGGAACGUGUAUCAAAGAUCAAGUCGCACGUUCUUGGUUUUGGAAAAAGCCAGCCAUAGUACAAGGAACUAUUACU